AUGAAUCCCUCUCUAGAAGUGGACGACUACAUCAAAGAUCACUCCUUGGGUCUUCCGAUCCCAAGGGAUUCUCUCCAAAAGAAGCUUCGUACGGCUGAAGAAUCACAGCUGCGUUUCCGAGAUCAAUAUCUGGCUCUCCUCUCUAGAUUAAAGGAGAAAGACUAUGUAAUCGACCAAGCUAGGUCGGAAGCAAGCUUGAAUGCCCAGGCGUUGAAGAACUUCGUGGACGAGAAACCAGAAACUGGCUGCGGAGUGUGGAAAUCUGUUGAGACAGUGUAA